AUGAUGGUGAAACAUUAACUGUAUGUGGUGUGCCUGCUUGCUGUGUGUGUGCAGCAAAUGAACUGUCGCUACAUUUGCAGAAAGAACAAGUUGUGUAAGUGUUUCUCCACAUACUGUGCAUAGUCUUAUUGUGUGUGUGUGUGUGUGUUGCCCACAGAGAGAGAACCGUCGUCUACAGGAGGCCAGCAUGCGUCUGGAGCAAGAGAACGAUGACCUGGCCCACGAGCUGGUCACCAGUAAGAUCGCCCUGCGGACCGACCUGGACCAGGCGGAGGACAAGGCAGACGUGCUGAACAAGGAGCUGCUCUGCACCAAACAACGCCUGGUGGAGACAGAGGAGGAGAAGAGGAGGCAGGCGGAGGAAACUGCACAGGUAACAUAGCUCACAUUCACACAGUUAACCAGUUUGCCAGAUCUAUCUCUGCUUAAGCCAGCAGUAUCACAAUAUCAUGGUCAUAUUUGCGUUGACAAUGGAAAAUAACUUGGCUAUAGCAGAAACAGAUCUGACAACCAGGCUAAAUGAAGAUAUAGAAUUGAAUUAAAUUAAAUUGAUAAGCCUAGAGUUGCAAAAUUCCGGGGACUUUCAAUAAAUUAAUCCCAGUUGGAAGUUCCCGGAAUCAGGAGGGAAUGAGCAGAAAAUCCGGUCUCCUCCAACCAGGAAUUCUGGAAAACCUGGGAAUUUAUUGAAAGUUCCUGAAAUUUUGCAACCCUUGAUAAGCCACCAAGUGUACAGACUGUUGUUCCAGCUUCAGCGCUGCUCAUCAGGACAACCAUUGGCUGUAUCUGGUGUGUUAGUGCUGGGUUGUAACAAAACCCUGUUGCUUCCCAGGACCAGGGCUUGGUGACCACUACUGGAGAGCUGUGGAGGCUUCCUGUGAAACCUGCAGGCCUUAUUUUUUUUCUCCCAUGUCUUAAUAGUGGUGAUAAGGAUGAUCAAUGUUACAGUUUUUAUUUUUUUUCAACAAUAUAAAUCGACAUGCUUUUUCAUAUAGACAUUAAAUCAGUAUGAUACCGUCCUAUCAUUUUCCUGCGCUAUAAAAGAUGAGGCACAUCACACAAAGGUUACUCUCGUUUGUCUUGGUUUAUGUCACAUUCUUUAUUGUGAACUACCGCCAGAUAGUUGUAUUGCAGUCUCCCAAUAUCAGUCUCCAGUGUCUGCAGACCGUAAAGUAGCAAGUGUUUUGCCUUCUUACCCUGUCUGUCCAGAUCAAAGAGGUGUUCAGGAGAGAGCUAGAGAAAGCUGAGUCGGAGAUCAAGAAGACCACGGCCAUCAUCGCUGAAUACAAACAGGUAGGAUGCAGAGUCACAGAAGAGAGGGGAGCAUCGCGUAUAGCCAUCAUUCUAACCACAUUGACCUUAACUUUUAGACCCAGAUAAAUCCAUAAGACUAGUUUAUAGUUACUCGUAUGAUUUCAUGGUUUUACAUUUUGUCGUUACCUUUAGCACAUUGACUCAUCUUGUGGAACUGACCACCAAGUCACAGCCUUGCCAUAUGAACUAAUCGACUUUGUGUGUGGGUGGGCAGGCGGUUGCUUGUAUGUUGUGUGGUGAUGUCUGUUUAACCUGUGAUAUUCUAUGUGGAAGCAGCAGCACUUUUGAAUGUCCAAGACACAUUUCCCCUCGGGGACAAUACAAUGAAUCCUAAUCCUACAGUGUCUCAAUGAUGGUGUAUCUGAAAGGUCAACGAACCUGUCCAGUUAAUGUGUAAUUGCUUUGUAAACAACAAGUAAAGCCCUCAAAGUCAACUCUGGACAGCUAUCAGGUAGAACACAAAACCAGCAGGCUCCUGACCUUGUAGGGUAAGAGUUGAAUACCCCUGUAGUAAAGGUUGUCCUCCUGUGUUCCCCCAGAUCUGUUCUCAGCUCAGCACCCGGCUAGAGAAGCAGCAGACUGCCACCAAGGAGGAGCUGGACAUCAUCAAGGUAGUACAGAGCAACGAUGUACAGUAUUUUUAUAUCUUGUGUGUUUUUGUUGUGCCUUGUUAUUUUUUAGUAUUACAUUGUUAUUGAUUACUGCAUUGUUGGGGUUAAAGCUGUCAAGAAAGGCAUUUCACUGUACUUGUGCAUGUGACAUUAAAACUAUGUCAUUAUUUGUGUUAUUGGAAUGCUGUGCUUUUUUUAUCUGUGUUUUUGUUGAGCUGCCGCCUUGGUCGUCUCCCUCGUAAAAGUUGUCUUCUGACCUUAACAAUGGAAUUCCUGGUAUAAUUUUUUAAAAAUACAAAUAAAUGAUUGUGAGAUGACAAACACCGUAGGCAUUAUGAUGACAAUGCAACGUGUUGCUUUUAGUACAUUGAUGUUCCUCCUCUCUCCCUGCAGAGCAAGGUGAUGGCGUGUGAGCGCUGCAGGGAGGUGUUCAGUAAAGAAGGGCCUCUCCAGAUGCCCCCUCCCAGCAGAGACAACAGGGACAGUGAGCUGGAUGAGGAGAAGGACUCCCUGAAGACCCAGCUCAGAGAACUGGAGCUAGAGCUGGCCCAGACCAAACUACAGCUGGUGGAGGCCAAGUGCAAGAUACAGGUCAGAUGCUAUGCAGGCAGCGCUGCGAUAUCGCACUCAAUGUAGGGGUCAUUCCAUGUCAUUCCAGCAAGCCAUGACACCCACCAUCUCAGAUUGUUCUGAAAUCGUUUCUGUAGUUAAACUGAUCAAAUUAGCAUUCCUGAAACAUUAUUUUGUUGAAAUAUUUUGAUUUGUAGGAUUCAUAUAAUCUUCAAUAAAUGUAGUACCUAACAUCUGAUUUGGACCAUAAUUAUUCCUAACAAUAAGUAAGACGUAAGGAAUCCAAUAAAAUGAUCAAUAGCCACCCACAGACCCUCACAUCAAUCCCACCCCAACAACCAGUAUACAGUAUCAGGCUUAACAACACAAUUGGCCACACAAUUUAUUUUCAUCAUGAGCAAAAGCUAUUUGUUUUCUGCCCAAGGUCGCAAACAAAAUGUAGUGAUCCAUUUAAUAAACACGAGAGACCAGCAAAAUGGAUAGAAGGGUGUGGUGGCAAUAGUAGGAACAGCAGCAUCUAGUGGGCAGAACUUGGUACCUUCACACAGAUUUAUGGUAAAGAAUGCAAGAGACUUCAAUGGCUAAUUUCUCUGAACAGGGGAAAAGAAACAUCACCAAAUUAACAGGGAAUACAUUACAAAGGAUGAAGAAGCAAUACCCCAAGCAGCUGCUCCAUAAUACUUGUCAGACAUAGAGAACUGAUACUGUAUACUGGUUAUUGGGUGGUAUUAGUGUGAGGGUCUGUGGGUGGCUAUUCAUCAUUUUAUUGGAUUUCUUACGUCUUACUCAUUGUUGGGAAGAAUUAUGGUCCAAAUCGGAUGUUAAAUACUAUAUUUAUUGAAGAUUAUAUGAAUCCUAUAAAUUAAAAGGCCAAUUUGGGUGCGAUCAGUUAGCUUAAUUUCUCAGAGAUAUUAUAGUUCAACAAAGGAAUGUUUCAGGAAUGCUAAUCUUAUCUGUUUCUAACUACAGAAACGAUUUCAGAACAAUCUGAGAUGCUGGUGUCUCAAUCCUCUUUCUUGUGCUUUUUGAGGUGGAAUGACUGUAGUACGAUAAAGCAAUAUACAGUGAGGGAAAAAAGUAUUUGAUCCCCUGCUGAUUUUGUACGUUUGCCCACUGACAAAGACAUGAUCAGUCUAUAAUUUUAAUGGUAGGUUUAUUUGAACAGUGAGAGACAGAAUAACAACACAAAUAUCCAGAAAAACGCAUGUCAAAAAUGUUAUGAAUUGAUUUGCAUUUUAAUGAGGGAAAUAAGUAUUUGACCCCUCUGCAAAACAUGACUUAGUACUUGGUGGCAAAACCCUUGUUGGCAAUCACAGAGGUCAGACGCUUCUUGUAGUUGGCCACCAGGUUUGCACACAUCUCAGGAGGGAUUUUGUCCCACUCCUCUUUGCAGAUCUUCUCCAAGUCAUUAAGGUUUCGAGGCUGACGUUUGGCAAGUCGAACCUUCAACUCCCUCCACAGAUUUUCUAUGGGAUUAAGGCUGGAGACUCCAGGACCUUAAUGUGCUUCUUCUUGAGCCACUCCUUUGUUGCCUUGGCCGUGUGUUUUGGGUCAUUGUCAUGCUGGAAUACCCAUCCACGACCCAUUUUCAAUGCCCUGGCUGAGGGAAGGACGUUCUCACCCAAGAUUUGACGGUACAUGGCCCCGUCCAUCGUCCCUUUAAUGCAGUGAAGUUGUUCUGUCCCCAUAGAAGAAACCCCCCCCCCAAAGCAUAAUGUUUCCACCUCCAUGUUUGACGGUGGGGAUGGUGUUCUUGAGGUCAUAGGCAGCAUUCCUCCUCUUCCAAACACGCCGAGUUGAGUUGAUGCCAAAGAGCUCGAUUUUGGUCUCAUCUGACCACAACAUUUUCACCCAGUUCUCCUCUGAAUCAUUCAGAUGUUCAUUGGCAAACUUCAGACGGGCCUGUAUAUGUGCUUUCUUGAGCAGGGGGACCUUGCGGGCGCUGCAGGAUUUCAGUCCUUCACGGCAUAGUGUGUUACCAAUUGCUUUCUUGGUGACUAUGGUCCCAGCUGCCUUGAGAUUAUUGACAAUAUCCUCCCGUGUAGUUCUGGGCUGAUUCCUCACCGUUCUCAUGAUCAUUGCAACUCCACGAGGUGAGAUCUUGCAUGGAGCCCCAGGCCGAGGGAGAUUGACAGUUAUUUUGUGUUUCUUCCAUUUGCGAAUAAUCGCACCAACUGUUGUCACCUUCUCACCAAGCUGCUUGGCGAUGGUUUUGUAGCCCAUUCCAGCCUUGUGUAGGUCUACAAUCUUGUCCCUGACAUCCUUGGAGAGCUCUUUGGUCUUGGCCAUGGUGGAGAGUUUGGAAUCUGAUUGAUUGAUUGAUUGCUUCUGUGGACAGGUGUCUUUUAUACAGGUAACAAGCUGAGAUUAGGAGCACUCCCUUUAAGAGUGUGCUCCUAAUCUCAGCUCGUUACCUGUAUAAAAGACACCUGGGAGCCAGAAAUCUUUCUGAUUGAGGGGGGGUCAAAUAGUUAUUUCCCUAAAUAAAAUGCAAAUCAAUUUAUAACAUUUUUGACAUGUGUUUUUCUGGAUUUUUUUGUUGUUAUUCUGUCUCUCACUGUUCAAAUAAACCUACCAUUAAAAUUAUAGACUGAUCAUUUCUUUGUCAGUGGGCAAACGUACAAAAUCAGCAGGGGAUCAAAUACUUUUUUCCCUCACUGUACAUACACGCCUUCUGACAAUUGGUGAUUUGAUAUCCAAUACCUGUUCGAAGGCAUUGGAUGUGCGUGCUCUAUUUUCUAUCCCUUUUGACUCUUCAUGAUUACGAAGAUGACUAUUCAUGAUGUAUUAUGGUGGCUGACUCAUGCUUGCUGUGAUGACUAAUAUUCAUGCUUGCUAUAAUGACUAUUCAUGAUUAUUAUGCUGACUAUUUUAUUCCUUUAUUCUGUCCAUCCUCAGGAGUUGGAGCACCAGAGGGGCAUCCUGAUGAACGAGAUCCAAGCGGCCAAAAACUCCUGGUUCAGCAAGACCCUGGGCUCCCUGAAAAGCUCCGGGGGCAGCACCUCCCAGUCCCAGCCCCCCUCCUCCCCCAAAGAGGGGCCGCCGUAAGCCCCUACAGAGACCACCCUGUCUGGGGGGGUGGGGGGGGGGGG